AUGACGGACAAAUUGCCACCGAAUUUGCUAGCCCUCUUUGCGCCGAGGCCACCGCUUCCGUAUUCAAAGCCAUUAGAUAGAGAUCCAGCAAAGCGCAAGGGUCCUACAAUUUCUGGAAUCGGACAGUACCUUACAUUAUUAAAAGAUUAUGAUCCAAACUAUGUACCAACUGAAACGGUUGAGGAAAAAAAGAGACGUAAACUUGCCGAAAAAAAACAGCGAGCAGAAGAAGCAAUCAAAAAAGGCCUCGAGGAAUGGGAUCCUAAUAAAGACGAAAAUGUGACUGGUGAUCCCUUCAAGACCUUGUUUGUUGCUAGAAUGAGUUAUGAAAUGACCGAUAAAGAUUUACGCAGAGAGUUUGAAAUGUAUGGUCCUAUUGAGAAUAUACGAAUCGUGAAAAAUAAAGAAAAUGGGAAACCUCGAGGUUAUGCGUUUGUUGAAUUUGAAAGAGAAAAGGACAUGAAAGCUGCUUAUAAAGAUGCAGAUGGCGUCAAACUUUUGGGUCGACGAAUUCUUGUUGAUGUAGAACGUGGCCGAACUGUUAAAGGCUGGAGACCUCGUCGUCUUGGUGGUGGACUUGGGGGAACACGGAUAGGAGGACCUGAACAAAAUCAGAAGUAUUCCGGUAGAGAAGGAUCUUAUGCCGUUAACGCAGGUCAUCCUUCAUCCAGUUCAGGAUACGAUAAGGACCAUCGCUCUAGUUAUUCUUCUUCUUCCCGUGGAGCCUCUGUACCUUCAAGCACAGGAUAUGGGUAUAGUGGAAGUAGUAAUGGUAAUAAAUAUGGUGGCAGACAUAGUAGUGGUGGAUACGGAGGUAGUAGUGGUUACGAUCGUGAUUAUAGACGACGUCGAAGCCGCUCACGAAGUCCUAGAAGAGACGAUAGGUAUUCAAGAGAUAGGAGGAGGGAUCGCAGAUAA